UAAAGAAAAUGCACACACAGAUAAAAAGGAAAUGCUUUCAGCCUGUCGCAUACUCUUAAGACGAGCUGAGCCGAGCUGUCAGUACUGCAUGGGGGAGCCUAGCUAGCACAUCUAGUUUGAUCUCUGUCUUCACCCGCUCUUUCACUGGCAUCAUGAUAAACACCUACCACACUAGUCUCCCUCCGCCACCAGUGCCUCCCCGGAUGGUCCACGGCAGGCCUGAGCCUCGGCAGCACACAGGCUUGCUCUGGUUCUUGUCUGUGGUGCUGGUGCUUCACAUGAUGCUCACGUUUGGGGGAUUCGUCUACCUUUUUGACAAGGGCGACCAGGCCAGUCACUGGGAAGGAGAAUUUCAUGAAAAGUACCUUGAUGACUUCCUCAUCCUUAAAAGACUACAGAGAUGUGAUGAUGAUGACUUAGAUGACCAGUCACUGCUCGACUGCAAACAGCUUCUCGACAAAUUCAGGAACGUUAUGGCAAAGGCAAGUCAACCGUGGAUAAACGUUUCCUUCAUAUCAAUAGCCCCAUUUUCACGUAGAGAUAACUUGAUCGUUUUUUUAUUUAUUUUUUCUCAAUUAUUUUCUUUUCAGGCUUCAAAAACAGAAGGCAGAGUUGCCAUGUUGACUGGGGAACAUUACCGCGGAGCUGUGGCACACAUGCCAGUGAAGACAAGUUCGAAGCCAUGCACAGCAACAGACAAUCAGGCCUGCGCGCUAGAGUGGAACUCUGACCACUCAACUAAGGCCAAUGUGGACACAGCAGGCGACAGCAGACUCUCCAUCAAGCACUCGGGCUACUACUAUGUCUACUCGCAGGUCACCUUCUCCGUCAAGAACUCCAAAGCAGCGCCAACGAACACCAUCAGACAUGUCAAGUGGAAGAAUUCGGUCAAACUGUUUAGCAAGAAAGUGGAACUUGAGGAGAGUGAUGAGGUCUUACUCAGAGCCUACUGCCCGUCCAACCUAUCAUCGCAAUGCACGGCCUCCCAGGGAGGAGUGUUCAAGCUGGAGAAGGACGAACAGCUGUACGUGCAGGUGACUGACCUGAGCUGGGUGAACUACGACUGGAAUGCCACCUUCUUUGGAUUAUACAAACUUUAACUGGAGCUUCCUCUGCACUACAACUGCACUACAAUUUCUUUAAUCCUUGGAAGAUUUGAGCGGGCUACUCUUCUAUCUAAAAGCAUAUUUUCGGCUAUGUACUUUCAUUGGACCAAAGGUUUAACAUUUAUUGCACUUUUUCGUUGAGGGCUUGAAUUUUGAGAUAUUUAUUUUUUUGGCAACGCUUAGAAUUCUUUUGCAGUGUUAUAUUUUAAAGUAUUCAUUUUCACAUUCAAUUCCUAUUCCUAAGUCAUGAAUUAAAUAUAUUUUUGUAACAUA